AUGUCCUUCCUCGGCGGCGCCGAGUGCAGCACUGCCGGCAACCCGCUGAGCCAGUUCACGAAGCAUGUUCAGGAUGAUAAGAGUCUGCAGAGGGAUCGGCUGGUGGGGGCCAGGCCCGGCGGGGGCGCGAUGCAGGGGAUGAGGAGUCAGGGCGGGUUGGGUAUGAGUGGGAGUCAGGAUAAUAUGAUGAGCGACUUUAUGCAGCAGAACGGCCAGAUCCCUGAACAGUUCGCAAUGCAACAUGACCUUCAUCAAGUACAGCAAAUGCGAGCCAGCUCCUCGUCACCAGGUGUGAAUGGAUGGGCGCAAGAAUUCAACCCCGGCGUAGACCAAGCGCGGAUGGAAGCUGCGUUCCAGGCUCCGAAAGGCACCGUGUUCAGCCCCAAUGAUUUUGCGCGGUUCCAGCAGAUGAAUCAAGGUGCUAGGGUGGGAAGUCCCAUGCAGCAGCAAAUGGGUACCGGAUAUCAAGGCUACCAAGGGCCCAUGGGUAUGAACAGGGGCUUGGGUAUGGGAAUGGGCGGUAUGGGAAUGGGAAUGGGCAUGGGGAUGAUGAACCACUCCCAGUAUCAGGGCCCCCAGAACCUCCAACAGCAGGACAAAGGCAAGGGCAAGAUGAUCGAGCUCGACGACGAGCACUGGGAGGAGCAGUUCAAGCAGAUCGAAAUCCACGGCCGCGAGCAGGAUGAGAGCAUGGCUGCGGAAGCCGAACUGGAGCAAAUGGACAGGUCAGUGCUGGAGUCCGAGACCAACGAGUUUGGCGACUUUGAGAGUAUUUGGCGGGGCAUACAAGCUGAGACUGCUGCUGCUAGGGACCUUGCCGAGACCGAGGAACACAUGGGCGACUACGAGGACUGGGGCCGCUAUGAUAAUCUGGCCACGCAUCAGCCGUUCCGCGAUCCUCAGCUGGGUGAUUACAUGUUUGAAGAAGAUAACAUCUUCAAGGAGGUACAGAACCCGUUUGAAGAAGGCGUGAGGAUCAUGCAUGAGGGGGGAAAUCUUUCGCUAGCGGCGCUAGCGUUCGAGGCAGCGGUGCAGAAGGACUCGUCGCAUAUCGACGCCUGGGUCCACCUCGGAUCUGCACAAGCCCAGAAUGAGAAAGAGACGCCGGCUAUCAGAGCUCUCGAACAAGCAGUUAAACUCGAUCCCAAUAACCUCACUGCCCUAAUGGGUCUCGCCGUAUCAUAUACAAAUGAGGGCUACGACAGCACGGCGUACCGCACGCUCGAGCGCUGGCUCUCCGUCAAAUACCCCUCCAUCAUCGCACCUACAGCUCUCUCUUCCGGCGUCGAUGUCGGUUUCACAGAUCGCCAUCUCUUGCACGAAAAGGUCACUGACCUCUUCAUCUCCGCUGCCCAGCUUUCCCCAGAUGGAGAGCACAUGGACCCGGACGUGCAAGUCGGGCUAGGAGUACUGUUCUACGGAGCCGAGGAGUACGAUAAAGCUGUUGAUUGCUUCUCCGCUGCUCUCGCCAGCACAGAGAGCGGAACGAGCAACCAGCGAGAUCAAGUCCACCUCCUGUGGAAUCGGCUGGGCGCCACCUUGGCGAACUCGGGCCGCAGCGAGGAAGCCAUCGCGGCCUACGAGAAGGCGCUCACGCUCCGCACGAACUUUGUGCGGGCGCGCUACAACCUGGGCGUCUCGUGCAUCAACAUCGGGUGUUACGCCGAGGCGGCCUCGCACCUCCUCGGCGCGCUGGCCAUGCACAAGGUUGUCGAGAACGAAGGGCGCGAGAAGGCCCGCGACAUUCUGAGCGGGGCGGGGAGCGGCGUCGGGCUGGACGCCAACGGCAACGUGAGCGAGGCGGAGCUGGAGCGCUUGAUCAGUCAGAACCAGAGCACGAAUCUCUACGAUACGCUCCGGCGCGUCUUUAGCCAGAUGGGGCGGCGGGAUUUGGCGGAGCGGGUGGUGGUGGGGAUGGAUGUUGAGAGUUUUAGAGGGGAAUUUGAGUUUUAG